UUUCGUUUGUGUUCACGUGACAGCCUGAACAGUUUCUGUUUGUGUCCGCUCUCAAACAGCGAGUCAAACAAAGCAAAUAAAGAGACAGUUGGCGCUCUUCUUUGGUCUUGGUUGGACUACCGAUCCAACAAGGCAAAUUAGCUGCUUUUCGCUGAAUGCUAUCCCUCACCCACAACGUUGACAUUGGAUAACUUAAAACCGGUUUCAGAUACGAGUGAAAGAAAGAGGAUUUCGAUAUGGCAGAGAAGGUAAAUAACUUUCCUCCCUUGCCAAAGUUCCUGAAAAUAAAGCCCUGCUUUUACCAAAACAUCGAUGAGGAAAUCCCUGCACCUCACAAGCAGCUGGUGCGCAAAGUUUACACACUUUGGUUGAUGUAUUCAGCCACACUGUGCGUUAAUGUCAUCUCAUGCAUUGCUUGGUGGGCUGGAGGCGGAAGUCCCGCAAACUUUGGUUUUUCUCUGCUCUGGGUCAUUCUGUUCAGCCCCUGCAGUUACACAUGUUGGUUCAGGCCACUCUACAAAGCUUUCAGAGCUGAUAGCUCCUUCAACUUCAUGGCCUUCUUCUUCAUCUUUUUCCUUCAAUGUGUCCUGGCCCUCAUCCAGACUAUAGGCAUCUCUGGAUGGGGAACAUGCGGCUGGAUUGCCACAGUGAUGUUUUUCAGCUACAAUGUGGGCUCCGCUAUAGUGAUGCUUAUUGCAACUCUGCUCUUCACUGUGGUGACCGUGUUAAUGGCACUGGUUCUUAUUAAGGUGCACACACUGUACCGAGGUGGUGGCGGAAGCCUGGGGCGUGCUCAGGAAGAGUGGAGCUCCGGACUGUGGAAGAGUGCACCGAUGAGGGAAGCAGGAUUCAACGCUGUCGCUCAGUCAGCCCAAGGCCCGACUUUGCCUCAGUACCCCACCACGGUGCCGAGUUAUCCUGACAACAGCCACUGGUGAUGGCUGGGAAUCGUCUCUAGGGGGAGACAGAUGACUGGCCGUUUCUACAUUGCUGAAAAAAAGCACUUCAAAACACAGCAUUUCACUCUUACAGUACAGAUUAGACAGGUGGUUUUUGUUUUAUUAAAUUAAAAGGAGAGAAUAGCUAUGAAGAUUUGUUUUAUUAAAAAUUUGUCCUCAAGGCAACCCUAAACUGUUUGGGUGGUUGUCUUCAAAAAAAUGCCAUUCUGUUUCUACUGUUUACAUGAAGUAAAAAAAAAAACAUUUAGUCUUAAGUUCAAAAGAUUUGUUUUAAGGGGUUUACUGGAUUGCAGACAUUCAGCUAAGAAAUGACUAAACAUUAAAGAUAAAUGAAUGUGUGCCUUAUAGAAUAUUGUAAUGCUAGGAUUGUUUUUACACAGCUGCAUGCUACAUAAAGUAGUAUGGGUGAUGCUUCCAUGCUUGUGUUGAGAUUUAUUUCGCUGUGCGCCUUAACUAUUUUUGUAUGUUUAAAAAGUCUCCCGCUUGACUUGCGCCUUAACAAAGAGCCUUUUUUUUUUUUUUUGUUAAACUAAUCUUAUGCUUCAGUGAAGCAACUUUUCUGUCUGAUUUAUUUACUAAAAGUAAUAUGCCAAAACACUCACCGCCUCCCAUUACGUCUCCAGUUGUAGUCACACCCAAAGCACACACUGCAUUGUGCCACAACAUUUCUCAGUUGUUAUUCUCAAGCUGCACGGUUUGCUUUUAAUGGAUGAAAGCACCUUAUGUACUGCUGUCAUUAAUGUUUCUUUCACUUCGUUUUAUGUGGGUGUGUUUAAUAACAAUACGCUUGCAUGUAUUCACUAUAACAUUCAUUUCAUGUGAACUGAUAUCUUACUAUAAAGGCCUAGUGAUUGAAACCUGCAUGCAUCAAUGGAUUAACUUGAUUAAUUUUGGGUUUGACUCAACUUUUGUCAUUCCAGAACCAUCUGGAAUGUAAUUAAAUGUAAUUAAAGUCCAAUCUUGAGCUUGUCAAACCCUGCCUGAUGUCUAAAUCACAGGUAAAAGGAAACAGGUGCCUGCAUUGUAGAUUUCACAUUUUAUUUACUUUUUCCUAAAGUGUCCUUCAGGGCCAACUGCCAAAUGUAAUGUUUUAAAUCUUCUGCAUUUGGUUUCUGAAAAUAAAGUGGAUGUAUGAAAGUAUCCUAUAUAUAUAUAUUGCAACAUUUCAAUAAAUGACUUUAUUCACA